AUGGCGGGCACCAGGGGCACGCCGUUCCUGCUCUCGCCCGCGACGGCGCACGUCGCCACGCCGUCCUCCGCGGUCUCCGACGUCGAGGCCGCGGGCGCCGGCGCGCACCACCGGGCCGGCAAGGCGCCGCCACCCGCCGACGCCGGCGCCGCCUUCGUGCUCGAGUCAAAAGGGACGUGGUGGCACGCGGGGUUCCACCUGACGACGGCCAUCGUGGGCCCGACGGUGCUCACGCUGCCGUACGCGCUCCGGGGCAUGGGGUGGGGGCUCGGCCUCGCGGCGCUCACGGCCGUCUUCGCCGUCACCUUCUACGCCUACUUCCUCGUCUCCAGGGUGCUCGACCACUGCGAGGCCCGCGGCCGCCGCCACAUCCGCUUCCGCGAGCUCGCCGCCGACGUCCUCGGAUCUGGGUGGGUGUUCUACCUGGUGGUGAGCGUGCAAACCGCGAUCAACGCCGGCGUUACCACCGGGAGCAUUUUGCUUGCCGCCGACUGCCUACAGAUAAUGUACUCAAAUCUGGCACCUCACGGGCCCUUGAAGCUGUACCAUUUCAUCAUCAUCGUCGCCGUGGUGCUGGCCUUCCUCUCGCAGCUGCCGUCGUUCCACUCGCUGCGGCACAUCAACCUCGGCUCGCUGAUCCUCAGCUUCGGCUACACCAUCCUUGUCUCAGCUGCCUGCAUUCGAGCAGGUGUGUCGAGCAGUGCCCCAGCGAAGGAUUACUCGUUGAGCUCGUCCAAGUCAGAGAAGACCUUCAACGCGUUCCUUUCUAUCUCCAUCCUCGCCUCCGUUUUCGGCAACGGCAUUCUGCCGGAGAUCCAGGCCACGCUGGCACCGCCGGCGGCCGGGAAGAUGAUGAAGGCGCUGGUGCUGUGCUACGCGGUGAUAUUCUUCACGUUCUACUUCCCGGCCAUCACCGGCUACUGGGCGUUCGGCAACCAGGUGCACUCCAACGUGCUGCAGAGCCUCAUGCCCGACGAGGGCCCCUCCCUCGCCCCGACGUGGCUGCUCGGCCUCACCGUCGUCCUCGUCCUCCUCCAGCUCCUAGCCAUCGCCCUGGUGUACUCGCAGGUGGCGUACGAGAUCAUGGAGAAGAACUCGGCGGACGUGGCGCGCGGGCGGUUCUCGCGGCGGAACCUGGUGCCCCGGGUGGCGCUGCGGACGGCGUACGUGGCGGCGUGCGCGUUCGUGGCGGCGAUGCUGCCCUUCUUCGGCGACAUCGUCGGCGUGGUGGGCGCCGUGGGGUUCAUCCCGCUCGACUUCGUGCUCCCCGUCGUCAUGUACAACAUGGCGCUGGCGCCGCCCAGGCGCUCGCCCGUGUACCUGGCCAACGUGGCCAUCAUGGCCGUCUUCACCGGCGUCGGGGUCAUCGGGGCGGUCGCGUCCGUGCGGAAGCUCGUGCUGGACGCCCACAAGUUCAAGCUCUUCAGCGACAACGUGGUGGACUGAUUGAUUAAUGCUCACUGUUAAGAACCAAGGCUGGUUAAUUCAUUUUGAAUUUCAUUGAAAGUCUAUAAAGCAUAUACACACUGACCCGUGUAGGCAAUGUCCAACGAUAAUCCAAUUGUGCACAAAUUACCAGAACCAGCCCAAAAUAGGCCCAUAAUAGCAUUUGUUAAUCCAAUAAUUUAGGGGGUGUUUGGAUUGUAGAGCCCGUGUUACAUUAAAUAUUCAGAGACUAAGGGGGUGUUUGGGAACACC